AUGGAUUUUUGGACGGUUUACUUUUUCGCUCGUGACUUUAGAGAAAUCCAGUUCACCUUUUUGGAGGCUAUCAACAGCCAGAACAGAUAUACAUCGACAUACUGUACUGGAUAUACUAUGAACCAUGGAGUGCAAAUCUUGCAACUGGUUCGCGCUCUCUUCAAUUCCAAGGGUUCCCUUCCUUUGCCAACAGUAAAGAACCACCAUUGCCCUGCAAUGCCUGACCGAAAAUGCCUUCAUCUUACAAAGAAAAUAGCAACCAAAUAUCAAACAUCUAUAAUGGUGUCAAUCUUCAAUCUGAAAAGCUUCAGUCUAAGAAGCAGAUUCAAGUUUUAG